CGAGUUCAAAACUGGAGAACCAUAUUAUAUAUUUGGGCUAUGAAAAGAAUUGAAUUCAAGGCCCAAUUAAAACCUAGCCUAGCCCAUUAAGGUUUAGUGAUAAUACAGUGUCGUUUAAUCGUUUAUCCAAUUUUUAUCGUCAUCUGUGGAACGGAUAGGACGAAGGAAAAAGAAGAAGAGUGAAAGUUGCAGAGCGAGAAAAAAUGGCAACCAUGUCUGCUCUUCAGAGCUCUUUUACUUCUCUUUCUCUAUCUCCCAGCUCUUCCUUCCUCGGCCAGCGUUUAAUUUCCCCGAUUUCCCUCUCCGUCACUUCUCCGGUCAAGCCCGCUGAGAACCCAUGUCUUGUUCUUGCAAAGCUCAAGCGUUGGGAACGAAAAGAAUGCAAACCAAACAGUCUUCCGAUUCUCCACAAAAUGCAUGUCAAGUUUGGAGAUACAGUCAAAGUAAUAUCUGGACGCGACAAGGGUAAAAUCGGAGAGGUUACUAAGAUUUUCACUCACAACAGUACCAUUGUGAUCAAAGAUGUGAACCUCAAAACAAAACACAUGAAGAGCCGAGAAGAGGGAGAGCCUGGUCAAAUUGUCAAGAUAGAAGCACCUAUCCACAGCUCAAAUGUGAUGUUGUAUUCAAAAGAAAAAGACGUAGUAAGCCGGGUGGGUCACAAGGUACUUGAAGAUGGACAGAAGGUAAGAUAUCUGAUCAAAACAGGGGAACUCAUCGACACCAUUGAGAAGUGGAAGCUACUUAAGGAGGCUAAGGAUAAGGAAACCACCCAAGUUGCAGUUACCUCCGCAUCUUAGCGUCUCAUUUCUUUCUUCUUCAGUGCACUUUUGAUAUAAUAGACCUAUGCAUUGGAUGGAUGUAUUGAAUCCCUUUUAAGGUAAAUUAUAAUAUUUCUGCUCCCCUCAUGAACACCUCUUAGCAUGAUUUAACAUAUUAAUCGAACUAAAGCCGGGUACUCUUGAGUCUUGUCUAUAUCAAUAUUGAUCGUUAUUGACAAUGUUAGA